CGGAAAUCACGUGCCAGAAAGGUUUCUCUGUGCACGUGUAAAUCGCACGCAUCCGCAGUAGCCAGAGUCGGCUGUGAGGAUCGGUUAAAAUGGCGGAACGUGGCUAUAGUUUUUCUCUCACCACUUUCAGUCCUUCUGGAAAGCUUGUUCAAAUUGAAUAUGCUUUGGCAGCUGUUGCAGCUGGAGCUCCAUCAGUUGGAAUUAAAGCUGCAAAUGGUGUGGUACUAGCAACAGAGAAAAAGCAGAAAUCUAUACUGUAUGAUGAACGGAGUGUACACAAAGUGGAACCUAUUACUAAACACAUAGGCUUGGUAUAUAGUGGCAUGGGCCCUGAUUACAGAGUACUUGUUCAUAGAGCUCGUAAAUUGGCUCAGCAGUACUACUUGGUUUAUCAUGAGCCUAUUCCAACAGCUCAGCUAGUGCAGAGGAUCGCUUCUGUGAUGCAAGAAUACACUCAGUCUGGAGGUGUACGUCCAUUUGGAGUGUCAUUAUUGAUAUGUGGAUGGAAUGAGGGGCGACCAUAUUUAUUCCAGUCUGAUCCAUCUGGGGCAUACUUUGCAUGGAAAGCAACUGCAAUGGGGAAAAACUAUGUAAAUGGAAAGACAUUUCUGGAGAAAAGAUACAAUGAAGACUUAGAGCUUGAAGAUGCUAUUCACACUGCUAUCUUGACAUUAAAGGAAAGUUUUGAAGGACAGAUGACUGAAGAUAACAUAGAAGUUGGCAUCUGUAAUGAGACAGGAUUUAGAAGACUCACUCCAACUGAAGUUAAAGAUUAUCUGGCUGCAAUCGCCUAACCUUGAUUGAUGAGAACGUGAAACUGUUCUCACUUUUUAAUUUCAUUUAUAUUAGUGGCUUUUGAUUUUAAUUUCUACUUUGUUAAACCUGUAGAUUAAAAAAAAGUAUUGAUUCACAUGCCACUGAAAUGUUAAACUAAUUAAACAAUGUACAAGAACACUUACACAAUCUACAAAAUAUAAAAAUUGGUAUAACUUCUGAUUAAAUUUACAAAAUACUUCAUUAUGCUAACUUCAAAUGUUGCUAAGAUUGUUUCAAAAUUCAGAUUUUGAGUCCACGAAGCUAUUCAGAUAACUGAAGUGAUUAAAUGUUCAGUAAAGUUUUAUACAGAUAGGACUGCUUGAGUAGAAUUAGUGUGCAGAUUUUCAUAGCAGAAAUCAUAUUGGGAAGAAUUUGUAAAGAAAAGCCAAUGACAUGUAUAUACUGAAGGAUUUUUGGAUUUUUUUAAAAAAUGGAGUAUUUAAAAGGGGAGGGACAAGAAAUCUGCUAAGCAUCUAAAGAACUAUCUAUGAAUACAUUGGGUAUCCCAGGUUUACUUUGGUGGUGGUUCUUCCAUGUUUCAGUGGAUUCUUUACCUUGAAGGGGUCAGAGAUUAUAAUAGCAACCUUCUGUAUGCAAAUCAGAAGGCUGAUUAAGUAUUCCUCUUUAAUUUGGAAACCCAGGAUGAGCCUACUGAACAGGGCAGCAGUGGAAUGUGGGGAUGGAAAAAAAUAAAUAUUCUUGGCCAUGAUCUGGAACAUCCUUUAAAAAAAAACAAAUUGAUUCACCCUUUU